CCUCGCGUCGCUAUUGUCGCAGUCUUGCGAGCCAUUGUCUCCACUUAGACUCAGCCAUGAUAGUUGUUUGCUGUUUGCUGCGCAUCUAUCACCUCAUCGGCCUGCAGCCUUGAGCGACUUCUCUUCCGCCUCUCUUUUACCUCUCUCCUCCACACGUGCAAUUCAAAAAAGCCUCUCGCAGCCAAGCAGCAACCUUUCAAGUUCCAAAUCAGUAACAUCGCCUGUAUUAAGAAUGAACUCACCACCGCAUCCAAAACAGGAGCCGAACGCCGACCCAACUGUGAACAAUAUGCAGCCUAUUAAUGGAGCUGUGGAGGUUGAGGCAGAAUCCAGUGGCAAACGAAGCCAGGAAAAUAAUGGUGACAUUGCUCUUGAGAGCGAGCAUUCAAGCAAAGAUUCCCUUAGAGCAGAGAAGAGAGUUUCUGUUGAGCCCUGCGAACAGUCUGAACCCAAACGAAAACGAGUAAAACAAUCUCCUGCCUCAUCGUCCACCAACGGCGUCAACACAUAUGCUGUCAAAGAAUCCAGCGAGUCCAUCGAACCACCAGAGGUGAUCACGAAAGAGACUUGGCAGGGAUUUUGUGAGAUCGAAUCCGAGCCAGCGUUCUUCUCCACUAUUCUUCGAGACAUGGGCGUGCAGGGCAUCAACGUCCAAGAAGUCUUUGCCAUGUACCCGGAAUUUCUCGAAACCCUACCAAGGCCUAUCUACGGCCUCGUCUUACUUUACCGUUACCGUGAAAACGGCUCUUCCGAGCAAUUACAGGAGAGUUCGAGUGACGUGUGGUUUGCCAACCAACUUCCAGCCCAGAACAGCUGUGCAACCCUGGCUAUGAUCAACAUCCUCAUGAACAACAACGACAUCGAGAUUGGCGAACAUUUGCGGGAAUUCAAAGAGUUCACAAAGGAUUUCACCCCAUAUCAACGGGGCGAAGCCAUUGCUAGCUUUGACUUUAUCAAGAGAAUUCACAACUCCUUCGCAAAGGAGAUGGACAUCUUGGAAGCAGACAAACAUCUCUCAUACAAAGUCAAGAAAGCCCAAAGUCAAUUGAGGGACAAGAAGAGUCGACGAAAGUCUACAGAUUCUGCUACCAACGACAGCGCCGAAGAUUCCGAGGACAACGCACACCACUUCAUCGCAUACAUCCCGGUGGGCGACGAGGUCUGGAUGCUCGACGGUCUCAACGCCCAGCCAAUGCAUAUCGCUAAGUUCGACAAGGAACAAGGCAGAGACUGGGUGGCAGUUGCAGCAGAUUCAAUACUCGCUAUUCUCGCCAGUGGAGGAGACGACUACACCGGCUUUGCCAUCAUGCCGUCUCCACUCCCAUCUCUCCGCAAGCAGGCUUGCCUUGCAACAAAUCACGUCCAGCAGACCGAGUCAAGACUCGACGAGACAUCUCCAGAUUGGAGAUCCUCCCUUUUCGACGACGAACCGCCUCGCACACUUCCGCAGACGCUCGGCAUCGAAGACCAGCUGCCUAAGUGCCCAGUGCCAGACGCGCUCGCAGAGACCAUCGCUAGCGAGGAGACAAAGGACCUGCUCGAGCGGCGCACCAGAGUGCUCAAGGAUCUGGAGAGCCUGGCUGAGAACAUCAAGGCAGAGAUGAGAAGCGAAGCUGAGGACGCACGGAAGGCUGCUCAAGGCCGCUUUGAUCACGCGCCUGUGAUCAAGUUGUGGGCGGAGAUGUUGGCAGAGAAUGGGUACCUAGAGCAGAACCUUGACCGGUUCAUCGGGGCCAAGAACGGGUCUAAGAAGGCGAAGAAGUGAGGAAGUGGCGGGGAUUUUACAUGCACAUAUAGCUCCGAAUAUACCCAGCAGCGCUGCUUCAAUCUUUAGAUAAGCAAAAUUUAUG